UUCAUUCAGUACAGUUUAAUCCGCGGCGGCAUCACUUCGCCAAACAGUCGAAUAACUUAAUCACCCGCGACUGUUUGUUUUUUUAUCAAGGGACAGCUGAUUCGUAGGAAGGAAUCGGGAGAGCCGCCGCUUCUGGGGUUGGAGUGUCGAAGUCAGUUAUGAUUGACGGGUUGUCGGUCUGAUAAGUGAAAGUGUCUGGAUAAGUUUGGAAAAAUGACGGAGAGGAACAGCAACGGCACCACGAAUGGCAGUUCCAAUUUGGAAAUUGCCCAGAGCAAUCAGGAGCUGAUAAUGUCGAAGAGCAAGAGGAAAAAGCGAGCGUGGAUCAUCACUGGGGUGAUAGUAGCUAUAAUCGUAGCGUUAGCCAUAGCCGCCAUUGUUCUCCUGGUCACCGGAGGAGGUGAAGGCGACAAUGGCGACACUCCGGCGCAGGAAUCCUUGAACCUGGAGGACUACCUCAGCGGAAAAUUCGUACCCAACACCUUCAACGCCACUUGGACAUCGGGGACUGAACUUUUGUAUCGAGAUUCUGAUGACAACUUGGUCCUCCUUAACAUGGAAAAUUCAACGUCCAAGAUACUCUUAGAUUCCACCGAUAAUGUAUUGCUCACAGCAUUUGAUUACCAUUUAUCUGGCGACGGACUUUACCUUCUCGUGGCUUACAACUACCAAAAGUUGUACCGACACAGUUUCAAGGCUCAGUACCAGAUCAUCGACAUCAACACAGGAUCCAAGUACGAUCUAAUGGCAUCAAAUCAGUCCGUUCAGCUGGUUGCUUGGGCACCAGUCGGAAAUGCAUUGAUAUACGUAUAUGAGAACAACAUUUACUACAAGAGUUCAGCAACGUCUGAGGAUUCUGUCACUAUCACUUCUACCUCCAAUUUCGUUACGAAUGGGAUCCCCGAUUGGGUAUAUGAAGAGGAGGUGUUUAGUUCUAACAAAGCCCUGUGGUUCUCUCCUGAUGGAACCAAACUAGCUUUUGGGCGAUUUAACGACACUCAAGUACCUGUUAUGGUGAUUCCAGUUUAUGGAGAACCUGGUAGUAUGCUGUUCCAAUAUCCAAGAGCAAAUCUCAUCAAGUACCCGAAAGCUGGUACUACCAAUCCUACUGUCACCCUACACGUUGUUACUUUAAGCAAUCCUGGAACAGAACUUGACUUACAAGUACCAACAGCAUUAGAAAAUGAUCCCAUACUAAGCACCGUCGAAUGGGCCACGAACGACAUUGUCUCCACGAUUUGGAUGAACCGCGUACAGAAUCAGGCCUCAAUCACAACGUAUGACACCUCUGCUAGCUCAGUUACGCCUACAGUUAUAAAAAGUCUGGAAUCCACUGAGGGGUGGUUGGAACUAUUCACUCCUCCAAAAUUCUCCAGCGAUGGCUCAAAACUUAUCCUAAUCCUAUCACAAGACCAAGGAGGAGACAGCGGUUCUUAUCGCCACAUAGUCUUGUUCAACAGGGAAGAAAACGCUGAAGAACAACCUCUUACUGCAGGAACCUUCGUGGUUACAGAAAUCCUUUCUUGGAACCAAGAGGAUAACUUAAUAUACUAUUUAGCCAACACAGCAAAUGACUAUGCCGUCCAACACCUCUACAGCGUCUCUGUAGACACAAAAGCAGUCCAGUGUCUCACCUGUCAAGAAAACUUAAGUACGGAUUGCUCCUACAACUCAGCAGAGUUCAGCACGGAUGGUUCGUACUACGCCCUCACCUGCGAAGGUCCAAACGUCCCACGGGUGUCAAUCUACUCCAAAGAAGGCCAGGAGAAGGCGGUUUGGAACACGAACGAAGAGAUAUCUGCGUUGCUAGCAGGCAACAAGGCUCCUAUCAUGCAAAAAUUGUCGUUUGAUGUUGCUGGCGGGUUCAAGGCCAACGUUAUGCUGAGGUUGCCUCCCAAUAUUGAUACCAGCGGCAAUACGAAGUAUCCCAUGUUAAUAAAUGUGUAUGGUGGUCCUGAUACGUAUCAAGUCAUCGACAAGUUCGUGUUGGAUUGGGGUAGCUAUUUGGCCGCGAACAAGAGUAUUAUUUACGCCGCGAUAGAUGGUAGGGGAUCAGGUUUGAAAGGGGACAAAAUUAUGUUUUCGGGUUACAGGAAUCUGGGAACUGUUGAGGUCGAGGAUCAAAUAAAUGUCACAAGAUUGAUUCAAGAAUCACUCCCGUACGUGGAUUCCACAAGAACAGCUAUUUGGGGAUGGAGUUAUGGAGGGUACGCCGCUGGUAUGGCUUUGGCCACCGAUACGGAAGGUGUGUUCAAGUGUGGUAUAUCCGUAGCGCCAGUUACUGAUUGGACGUUGUACGAUUCGAUUUACACUGAAAGAUUCAUGGGUUUGCCGACCACGGACGAUAAUCUUAGCGGCUACGAGAAUGCUCAACUUCUAACCAAGUCUGAGGGAAUAAGAAACAAAGAGUAUUUCCUGAUCCACGGAACUUACGACGACAAUGUGCACUACCAGCAGUCUAUGCUAUGGGCUAAGGUUCUGGAACAGAACGAUAUUUUGUUCAGGCAGCUGAGUUAUCCAGAUGAAGACCACGGCUUAGGCUUAGUCCGUCCGCACCUCUACCACUCCCUGGAGAGUUUCCUGGACGAGUGUUUCAUAGAAAGGGAAGAUUGAAAUAUUUACUUAUAAACAAUUUUUGUACGACUGCAACUUUCAAACAACUAGUCAACGUAACUUUUUAAACAACAAUCGUCUUACACAACGCCAGGGUAUCUAUUGUCAUAGAUCUCAGAAAUUAGGGACGUUUUUAUAUUUUUGUUAUGUAAGAUAUGUAAAUAGAGUAAACAUGUAAAUAAUUCCUAAUCAAAAGGUUUCCUUGUCGUGAACUACAUUAUCGAUGUUAAAUGUAAAACAUUAUUGUUAUUUUUUAAUUAAAAAAAGGUAAAAUAUA